AUGUCUUUCAUUUCGUUUUGUAUUGCUCUAAGCUUGGCCUUGGGUAUUGGUGUGAUAAUUGAUUUCCCAUAUAUCAGUGGAUGCAGAGAUGAUGAAAGAAAAUAUCUGCUCGAUGUCAGAGGAGGCCUAAACGAUUCCUAUGGUAGAUUAAGCACAUGGCGCGGAUACAAUUGUUGCGCGUGCGAGGGAAUUGUUUGUGACCACCAAACAAAUCAUGUUAUUCAACUUGAUCUCAAAAACCCUCAUCAUAAGGGAGAUGAUCAUCGUUAUCAAGUAAACCACCAGUUGAGGGGGAAGAUUCAUCCAUCUUUGUUUAAUCUGCAACAUCUGCGCCACCUGGAUUUAAGCUGGAAUGACUUCCAAGGCAUUGCUAUACCUCCACUGUUUGGAAGGCUCAAGAGGCUUACUUUUCUUAGCCUGGCUUAUGCUAGGUUUGAGGGUGAGAUCCCUCUAGAGCUGGGAAAUUUGUCAGCCUUACAACAUCUUGAUCUGUCAGACUAUUACAAAUUGCAUUCUUCAGAGUAUCGCAAGAAAUGGAGACUGAAGAGUUCAAGGUUUGAUGAAUUAGUCAGAAAUUUGAGAAACUUGGAAUACCUCGCAAUGAAGAGGGUGAACCUAGAAAAGGCGUCUCACAACUGGGGCGACUCUGUCUCCAGGCUCUCAAAACUUAGAUUGAUUUACCUGUCUGCAUGUGGUCUUUCAGGAAGUAUUCCUUCACUUCUAAACCUUACCCAUUUAUCCCAGCUCCAUCUUCGAGAUAGCUCCUUUCCAUUCCGAGUACCGUCCUGGUUACAGAAUGUCUCAUCCUUGGUUUCACUUGAUCUCACUGGCUGUGAUCUCACUGGUUCCAUCCCUUCCGAUUUCUUGCACGAAGCUUCAAGUCUGAGCAAUCUUUGUUUGAGAAAAAACAGUCUACAAGGAGUAAUUCCUGCUUCCAUUGCAAACUUUUCGAAACUUGAGACACUCGAUCUCUCCGGCAAUCAGUUCACGGGGGUUAUACCCCUAUUUGGAUCUCCAGCGAGGCAACCGUCUAGUCUUUCAAUGAUUGAUCUUUCAUUUAACAAUUUGAAGGGCAGAAUACCAGACUGUGUUGGCAGGCUUUCCUCUCUCCAAUAUAUGGAUCUCAGGAGAAAUCAACUACAUGGUGAUAUCCCAAACUCUUUGGGUAAGCUCUCUAUAUUAAGUUGCCUUAACUUAGACGAUAAUCAGUUGUCUGGAGCAAUACUAAAUUCAUUUUCAGAGCUUGUUGGAUUGGAAGUACUGUCUCUUUCUUCCAACAAUUUGACAGGCGUUGUUUCUAUUUCCAUGUUCCAUAAUUUGACUCAACUUCGUAUACUCCAGUUAUCUAGAAAUCAGCUGACUAUCAACAUUCCUUCAAGCUGGGUUCCACAGUUUUCUCAUCUGGAGUACCUGGGAUUAAGCUCUUGUAAUAUUGAAGGAAAUUUUCCAGCAUUUCUGUCUACUCAAUAUUUACCAGAAGAUUUGGACCUGUCAGAUAACAGAAUUCGGAGAGGUGUUCCUACUUGGCUCAAGGAUCUUACGAAGCUGAGGAUGCUUAACCUUUCAAAUAACCAACUAGGAGGCUUUCUCCCCCAACUCAACUACAGUAAUUUUGAAUUGGUGGCCUUGCAUAAUAAUAGCUUUCACGGCCCUAUUUCAGCUCUUUCAUUUUAUGGAUUCACAUUGGAUUUGUCACAUAACAAGUUUAAUGGUUCUAUUCCUGCUACAAUCUUUCCAUACAACUAUUUGUCCCUGUCCGCAAAUAAUCUGAGUGGAGGUAUUCCGUAUUCAAUGUGUAAAAUUGAAAAUGAGUUGAUGAUUUUGGAUUUGUCAGACAACAAACUAAGUGAUGUGAUUUCUGCAGAUCUGGGGAGAUGUUCGUCUCUUGUAAUUUUAAAUUUGGCUCAAAAUGAUUUCCAAGGUGAGAUACCAGAGGAGGUAGGAAAUCUGACUCAACUCCAGACAUUAAACCUCAAUGGAAACAAUUUGCAAGGUGUUAUUUCUCCAUCUACUGCAAAUUGUGCAGAUAUUGAGGUACUGGACAUAGGAAAUAACAGGUUUGAAGGGAGGAUCCCAAUUUGGAUUGGAAAGAUGAAAUAUUUACAAAUACUAAGCUUGACGAAUAAUAAGCUUGAGGGUAGUAUUCCAUCCGAGUUGUUUGAGCUAAAGAGUCUUCAGGUCUUAGAUUUAUCUCAUAACAAUAUAUCAGGAAGUAUCCCUGAAAGUUUAGAAAUGCUCCAUGCUAUGAUAAGUCAAUCACAGAGUUUUGAAAUGCAACGUCUUGAUGGAUCAGACGGUUUUUGGACUGAAGCCAAUACAUACAUCUAUCACUCAGUAUUCUUUGUGGAUCAAAUAACGCUCUGGAUUAAAGGAACGGCACGUCCAUAUAAAAAAAUAUGGAGAUCAAUCAAAGUUAUGGACUUGUCACAUAACAAGCUCCGGGGUAGCAUUCCUCCGAAAAUGGGACUUCUCCAGGGCCUAGUUGCUCUGAAUAUUUCAAACAACAACAUCAGUGGCUCAAUUCCGAAAUCCUUUGGACAGAUGGUUAGGCUGGAGUCUCUGGAUCUUUCAGGAAACAUGUUAUCAGGGAAGAUUCCCCAAGAGCUUGUAAGUCUCACUUUCCUUUCUGUCUUGAAUCUUUCAUACAACAUGCUUUCUGGAUUAAUUCCGCAGGGUUAUCAGUUUUCAACGUUUGAAGAUUCUUCAUUUCUUGGGAACCCCAAACUUGGGGGGCCUCCCCUCGAAAAUAGAACACAGAGCUCUAGUUUUGGUGAAAGAGGUCGCCAGGUAGAGUUGAAUAAUACAGUUAUUGCAAAUGAUACAGAUAAAAUGGAUCGAUGGUGGGCAGUGACAGUGGGGUUAUGUUACGGGAUGGGAUUUGCUAGUGUGAUUGCAGUGUUGUGUUUUCACAUAGAAUGGAGGUACAGAUGCUUUGCUUUGCUGGAUGCUGUUGUGGCUUAUCUUUGUGAGCGUUGA